GGCAAUUAAUAUUCUACAGGAGAUAGAACCCGACCGUACAGCUACUCUUGUUGCUGGAGAACAACCACGAGUCGAUACUCAUACACUGCUACGGACUCGAUAAACAAUAGUCCAUCGAAAAUCAUCCAUCAUGGUGUCUGGUCUGCUCUAUGUCACGAUGCAGCCCCAGGCGGGCUUGCCGGAUGCCCAGUUCCACGACUGGUACAACACGGAGCAUGGCCCGCUGCGACUGCGGCUGCCCUUCAUCACCAACGGCCUGCGUUAUCGGGCGGUCGAUCUGGAGGAUGAGGACAAGAAGGGCAAGGGACUGCCGGAGUGGGUGGCGCUGUACGACGUCACGGACAUGGACGAGAUGCUGCGCGAGACCUACCUGGCCCUGCGCGGGGACGGGAUCAAGACGCAGCGCGAGAAGGACACCAUGGCCCAGAUCGCGGUCGAUCGCAUGCUGUUCGACCUGGUUGACGACUCUCGGGCCGACGACUUCCGACCUGUCGAGUCACUCGACGAUGUCGCCGCCACAGGAUCCGUCCUCGUCGCCGUCUUCACCACCGUCAAGCCCGACGCCGAAGACGAGUACAACCGCUGGUACCGAGAGGAACACUGCCCCAUGCUGAGCCGCGUGCCGGGCUGGCGGCGCACCCGCCGUUUCCUCACUGCUGCGGUCGAUCCCAAGGCGCCGCGCCAGUUCCUCGCCCUGCACGAGUACAGCCCCCAGAACGGCCUGGGAGGCCCCGAGCACCAGGCGGCCACGUCGACGGCCUGGUGCAGCCGCAUCGAGGCCGACGCCGUGGUGGCUAAGCUGCGUCGCGUCUACAAGUGGUACUACACGUUCGGCCCUGCGCCGCGCGAGCUGGCCUCCCUGGCCUCGACCUCCGUUGCUGGGCCCUGGUCGUCCAACGACGGCCGCACACGCACCCUGCCGUCCACGGAACGACCGGCCGUCGAGUCCUUCGUCACCACCGCCGACGGAGUCGAGCUGGCCUACCGGCUUGAGGGGGCCACGGACCCCAACGCGCCCCUCGUCGUGCUCAGCAACUCCAUCCUGGUCGACUACCACAUCUGGGACGGCUUCGUCGACGCCUUCUUCGCCCGCCCAGAGAACGCCAAGUACCGCGUUCUGCGCUACCUCACCCGCGGGCGCACCAGCAACGUGGGCUCUCAGCCCGUCACCAUCGACGUGCUUGCCGCCGACAUCAUCGCCCUGCUGGACGCCCUGCGCGUGCCCCAGGCCGCCGCCCUGAUCGGUGUCUCGCUGGGUGGCGUCACGGUCCUCAACACUGCGCUGCGCUACCCGGCCCGCGUCGCAACUUUCAUCUCCUGCGACACCAACAGCUCCGCGCCCGCGUCCAACAAGAAGGCCUGGGCCGACCGCGUCGCCAUGGCCGAGACCGAGGGCGCCCGUUCUGCCGAUGAACCCAUCGUCGGCCAAAAUCUCGCAGAGGUGACCACCCGCCGCUGGUUCGUGCCCGCCACGUACGAGACCAAGCCCGCGCUCGCCGAGCGGGUGAAGCAGAUCGUCGCAUCCAACAGCCUGCGCGGCUUCAGCCAGGCUGUCAACGCCCUCUGCGACUACGACGUGCGCGCCGCCAUGGCCGAAGCCGUCGUCCCCGGUCUGUUCGUCGCGGGCGCCAGCGACGGCAUCCUCCCGCAGACCAUGCAGCAGAUGGCUGCCGACCUCAAGGGCGAUGCGCAGCUGAAGCUUGUCGAGGAAGCGGGCCACCUGCCUAUGGUGGAGCAGCCGCAAGCUUUUGAGGCUAUUGUUUCGGAGUUUAUCAACAAAUAGCUUAGAAAGUAAAUAAGUACAAAAAUGCAUUUUAUUCUUUUUCUAGUUAUUUAUUACCUUGCUCAUAGUUAGUUGCCACCUUAACCCCUCUCUCUGAAGAACCAUAGUUUCCUCGCUUCCCG